AUGUCAGUGAACACCGGAUCCGAGACCCCGCCUCCGGCAGGAAUCCCAGCAGCUGCUCCUCCGGCCUCAGCAAAGCCCAGUAACGAGGUUGUGCAAGCAGGGUUUGCGCAGAAUGAUCGUGAGCUCCGCGAUAAGAACGAGAAGGAAGGUGCAGAUGAUGACAGCAGCUCUGACGAAGAUGGCGAAGCCUACAGAAAGAGAUACAACAGAAUGGAAGCCAAGCUGCGACGAUUCUGCUCAGUGAAGACAUCGGGACGGUGCGAUGCCGACAAGCAAUUGAUGAAAGAGUGGAAACAAAAAGGCCAUUGCAGAGUGCAGCUAGUGAAGCUGAUGAUGGAAGCAAACGGAUGCCGGGAGAAGAACAAGUACGACGAUACCGAAACCGAGUACUGGGUUGACUACAGGACAGAGGGUGUGAGGGGUGUCAACGAGGUUGAUGGCAUGGAGGAGACGAGAUCCGGGCACACGGACGGUGUCGUGGCACCUGCUCUGGAUGAUCAGCCGAUGGCAGCGAAUCCUUUGCAAGAAGGGCUUCCAGCUGGUGUUGAAGUAGAGCAGGGAAAGAAGGCCGAGAUUCUGUCGCUACUUCUAUACACUUACUGUUGUUGUAUCGCUUGCAAUUAUGUUAGCAUCCUGUUGCAAUAUUCGCAGGGCUUGGCUGCAAUUUCCAAGAUGCUGGAAGAGGCCGUAGCCGAGAAGAUGUCACAGGUUGUGGAUGAUUUGGGUGAUGCCUAUGACGAGCUAGUUGCUCUACAAGCCGAUGCACAAGUGAACGGCCUGGACGACGAGUGCCUUGCAAGUGCACACAGGACGGGCGAAUACGAUGACCUGGUCACUCUGUGGUGCUCCAAAUUCGUCAUCGUCCCAAUCGUUCUCGCCACUGCGAAAGUGACUGCGACAGUGUCUGCGAAAGUGACUGCGAAAGUUGCAGUGAAAGCAUACACGACGGGGACAGCCCACAGCCGUUUCUCCGCUAACCUCGCGGGCCAGUUGCGGAACGGUGAGGAAGCCCGUGAGUUCUGCAGAUCUGUGUGCAUCGAGCUUGCUGUGGAGAUAAGGUGUGUUUUGGCUGUGUCGUUCGAGCUGAAGAACAGGGGGGCCAAGCGGCUGCCAAAGCCCGACGAGAGCCGUGCAGAGAAGCCUGAGAAGAGCGGGCCGCCAAGCAAGAAGAAGCCGACACAGCCCAAGGCUAAGGCUAAUUCUAAAAAGGGUAAAGACAAUGGUGGCAAUGCUUCACACAAAGCUCGCAAUAUGGCGAAAGCUUAUGGGCCCCGUGACCUGAUUGCUAGCCUUGCAGAACGAGGGCAUUUCGAGGCAAUCAUCGGUGAUGUUGUACUUCGCGACUUCUGGUCACACUUUGUGGUGCAGUUCCCCACUCAUCCUGUGGCUACUGACAUCGCGAGUGGACGUGUCGACCCUAGCAGCCUCGUCCCGUUAAACCUUCACGGAGACGGCGGGCGAACGUACCGGAAAAGCGAGCUCAUGCUUCUACAAUUUCAAUCUUGCAUAGGUGGAGGAACCAACUUAUCGCAGCAAUCCAAGAAGCGCAAAUUAUCAGCGGAGACAGACGUUACUGCAGCUGGUGUGAACCUCAAGGGCCACUCCUUGACUACUCGGUUUCUCCUGAGCGUGCUUCACAAGCGGUACUACAGUGAGGACCCGUCUUGCCUUCUGGAACUACUUGGUUUUGUCUCAGAUUGGUUUGGGUCCCUUUAUGAGGAUGGCUACGUGCAUGCAGGCAAAACGUGGAAGUUCUUGGUGCAAGGCUUGAAAGGCGACCUAGUCUUUCAGGCCAAGGCAUGCUCCCUGGUUCGAAACUUUGCCCGGGUGCAAAAACAAGUGCAAAAGGCUACGUCAAAGCCCCUGCUAGGGCUGUGCUGUUGGUGCAUGGCUGGAACCUCCACUUGUGGUUUCGAGGAUUUCAGCAGGAAUCCAGCUUGGUUAACCACAGCUGCUGAAAAUAACCCGGCGCCGUGGCCCGUGCCUCCCACGAUUCUGCGGUCCAUCCCGCACAUGCCCGAUGCGCCAAGCUUCCUGAAGGUUGAUUUGUUUCACACGCUGAACCUUGGAGCGUACAAAGAGUUUGCUGCAUCAUCCUUGGUUUUGCUCCUUCCAUAUUUCGAAGGAACGAAUAAUGACGACCGCAUCCUAUCUUUGAAUGCUCACCUUCAAGUCUAUUUGAAGGAGACACGGCAGCGCUUGCAUUGCGGAAAACUGACCCUGGAGAAUAUCGGAGCCAAAACCAAAACGAUAUUUGCAACUGGAUCUUGGAACAAAGGGGAGGACAGUGUGGUGCUCAUGAAAUUCCUUCCUUGGGCUAUGGAUAUUAUGGACACUGUAAAUACAAUGGAAAAGCCCUGGCGCUACAUCGAUGUGGGGGCCCGAGCAGCGGGACAAUGCAUGAGGACUCUCUAUUCGGCUGAAGCUUUUAUGCCGAAAAAGGAUGCGCAACUGGCGGCAGACUCCGGCUUCACCUUCCUUCAGGCUUACUCUAAGCUAGUUGAGUGGUCGAUGCAGCACAAUCUGUUGCUGUACAACCUGAUUCCGAAGCUGCACUUCUUUCACCAUUGCCUGGUCGACCUGAUGAAUGCUUGUGCUCAGGAAAACCUUUCCUGUGUGCUGAACCCAAUCGUGAAUUCCACGCCCCAGUGCGAGGAUAUGGUUGGCCAGAUAGCUAGAUUAUCUCGCAGAGUUUCUGCGAGAUUACCACAUAGCAGAGUGCUCCGCCGCUAUCAGGCGGCUUUGGCUGUGAAGUUCGGCUUGGUCUAA